UGGGGUGGCCCUCAGCUGGGUCAGAGCUACCACCAAGGUUCUGGCUCCAGAUGCCUGGGCUCACUUUGCCUCCUCCCAACAGCCUUGGGUGCCGCCUAUGGUACCGCCAAGAGUGGCACUGGCAUCGCGGCCAUGUCUGUUAUGCGACCAGAGCUGAUCAUGAAGUCCAUUAUCCCAGUGGUCAUGGCUGGCAUUAUUGCCAUCUAUGGCCUGGUGGUGGCAGUCCUUAUCGCCAACUCCCUGAAUGAAGGAAUCAGUCUCUACAGGAGUUUCCUCCAACUGGGUGCUGGUCUGAGUGUGGGCCUCAGUGGGCUGGCAGCGGGCUUUGCCAUUGGCAUUGUGGGUGACGCCGGUGUGCGGGGCACUGCCCAGCAGCCCCGACUAUUCGUGGGCAUGAUCUUGAUCCUCAUUUUCGCAGAGGUGCUGGGUCUCUACGGUCUCAUCGUCGCCCUCAUCCUCUCCACAAAGUAGCUCCUCUCAAAGCCCACCAGCCACAGGAUAUGAUGUAAAGACCACCCCCUCCUCAUUCCAGAAUGAACAGCCUGAUACACAUGCACGGGGCAGCUGCCCCCCUCUACCCCCAAGUAGUUGGUCUUGUAAAUGCGCAGUGUCCUAGUGCCCAUUGUCUGUUGCCCCAGAUUUGACCUGUUCGCACGUCUGUGGAGCAGCCCUACAGUCUCCCAACUAUAAUAAUCUUUAGAGUGUCGCUUUGUGGGGUUACCGUGUGCCCUGAGAUCUUUUGUAUGGAACCACUGUCCUCCAGCCCUAGCUGCGGGGCCAUGAGCUGGGCCUGCGAGGCCCAGAGCCGUGUCCAAUAAAAUUCUCGGAUGUGACUGGA